GUAAACCCAAUAGCAAUCUGAAUGAAGAACAAUAGUUUGAGGAGAAAUCUAAAGCAGAGCUCAUACCUCUCUGCUAGAUCUUUCUUUAAAAGCUUGUUCUCCCCUGUAGAGGAGAUCACUUUUAAAGUGAGUCCAGAGAAAGAGCCAGAAAAGGUGUUCACAGUAAAAGGCUAUGAAGGCGACAACCUCAUGGAUACCCUCAAUGAGAGUGAGAUCAAAGGUUUAAAUGUCUUUGGAAUAUGUGAUAAGCAACUAGCUUGACUUUCUUGAAGGGUUAAUGUUGAAGAAGGAUAUAAUAAUCUUCCUAAACCAACUGAGGAAGAGACUGAUAUUCUUUAUGAUCUGGGAAGACAUUAUAAAGAUAAUAUCACCAGGAUGAGCUGACAACUAAAAAUAUCCAAAGCUUUGGAGGGAGCUCAUAUCUUUGUUCCAAGAAGCGCCUUUGCUGUAUUUGAAAUACUCAGUGAUUCAGAUUAGAUAAAA